ACCCAGACUCAGUACUGUUCAAAGGUUCCUCAGUUUAACUGCUUAUUCGGAAUUAAUAUGUUGAAGGCAUUCAAAUUCUGCUUAGUCUUGUUCCUUUCGUGGAAUUUUUACGGAUCCUUGGCCGAGGACUCUUCUGUGUGUCUUUUGCACGACUCGCCAAACCAAUGUGGAGCAUUCUGCCUAGAGGCGCUGAAGCCGUUGCUCGAUCAUAUCGCUUUUCAACAAAAGAAGCUGAAUGAGACCCAAGCGAAGCUGGAUCAGAGAGAGGCUUCCUGCGAGAAUGCCAUCUCUCAUGAAUUGCAGACAAAACUGGAGGCGAUUGAAAAUCAACGGUCAGCGAUGCAGGAACUACUAUCCAAAGUAAACAAGAAACUCAUAAAUACGCAUCCGUACGUUCGGAUUGGUUCGAGAUUGAUUUACGUCGAAAGCAAAAAUCCUCGAAAUUGGGAGCAAGCUGAAGCGUUCUGUCGUGGGAUAAACGGUCACUUGAUCACAAUCCAGAACGACUCCGAGCUGAGCGCUCUGAAUGAAAAGCUGAAGAGAAGCACUUCCUACUGGCUGGGAAUCACUGACGUGGCCAAGGAGGGCGAGUUCGUGUCCGUGGCUUCCGGCAAGCCACCUGCCUUUCUCAAGUGGUUUAGCUCCCAACCCGAUAACUAUAACGGAAAUCAGAACUGCGUGGUUUUAAAUGACAGCAAAAUGUGGGACAGUGACUGCAGCUACCUUAAACUUUUUGUUUGCGAGGCGACUUUUGAUUAGAAGAAAAUGUUUGGUUAUAAUAAACAGAUUAUUCAAAAAUAAACAUUAGAAGCGUA